AUGUUGACAAUCUCCAGAAAUAUUGGCAACGCAAAAACUGCUGGCCUGGCCACCGAUCUUGGCCUCACUGACUACCAAUGGUCUUGGGUUCUAUGCGCGUUUUACAUUUCCUACAUUGUCUUCGAAUGGUCGACAGUGCUAUGGAAGAUCUUACCCGCUCACUCCUAUAUUGCGGUGCUUUGCAUUUGGCAACCUACUAGUUGGGGUGCAGCCGCCAUGUGUAGCGGCGCAGUCAAUACAUUUGCCCAGCUCCUCGCCACAAGAUCAUUGCUGGGCAUCUUUGAGUCUGUCUUUGGCUGUGGGGCUCCCUACUUCCUUUCACUCUUCUACCAAAGAAAAGAACUAGGAUUGAGAGUCUCUCUUCUCCUUGGCAUGUCCCCAGUCGCCAACUGCUUCGCGUCAGCCUUGGCAUACGGUAUUACCCAUAUCAGAGGCUCAAUGGAGUCAUGGCGAUACCUCUUCAUAAUUGUAGUAUACUUCUACCUCCCCGACUCCCCUGGCACAGCCAAAUUCCUCACAGAAACAGAGCAAACCGAGGCCAUUGAGCGCCUCCAAGAGAUCGACACAACAGCCAAAAACAAAGUCCGCUGGUCCCAAGUACUAAGCGGCUUGAAAGACUACAAGAACUACGUUCACAUGGCCAUCCAUUUCUGUUGCAAUUACUCCUUCGCCGGACUUUCAAACUUUCUCCCCUCAAUCAUACAAGCGAUGGGAUACACGUCCAUCAAUGCACAAGGCCUCUCCGCGCCUCCGUACCUAUUCUCCUUCCUUUGCUGCGUCGCAGCAGCAUUCCUCUCGGACCGACUAGCAAAUCGCGGAGGCUUGAUUACAUUCUUUGCGAUUCUCGGCACAAUUGGAUACAUAAUGCUGACUUGCGUGGACGAGACUAAGACUGCAGCGCGAUACGCGGGCAUUUGGCUUGCUACAUGUGGUAUAUUUCCAGCACUGGCGCUGAAUGUUACCUGGUUACUCAACAACCAGGGAGGAGAGAGUAAGAAGGGGGCUGGAAUGGCGAUUCUUGCUAUUUUUGGACAGUGUUCUAGCCUGAUCAGCAGUUCGGUGUUUCCAGAUGCUGACGCGCCGCUUUACACCAAAGGUUGUGCCAUUGGAAGUGCAUUGACGGGGUGCAUUGCUAUUCUUGCGGUGGGAUUGAGUAUUGGUUUGAGCAGAGAAAACAAGAGAAGAGAUCGGCUGUAUGGGGCGGUUGGGGAUGAAAGAGUUGAUGUGACUGAUGGGGAUGCCAAUGUCAAAUUUAGGUAUUUGAUUUGA